UCUUUGUCGGAAGUUGCUCACUCCGCAUCGUAGUCGUGGUUGCGGGUGUACAUCAGGGGCCUGUCUGGGACUUUUAUUUCUUCUUCUUCUUCUUUUGCGCUUUUUUGUGUAGCCUACAUUUAAAUCAUAAGGGGUGAGCCAUGCCGUCAGUUCCUUCAACCAAGGGCCCCGUGUGCCCCCACGCUGCCAAGCUGCUCAGCCACGCCAACGGGGACGGCAAACUCCGGGAGGGUUCGCUGCCGCUGAACGGGGUUGACAAGCUGCCGGCGGUGGACGCCGAAGACGCAAACAGAACCAUUCAGAUGAGCACGAAGACCGUCGCUGCGGAGAGGAAAUGGAUCCGGCCCGACCUUCCCAGCCGCUGCACAUGGAGCCUGGGAGCCUCGAAAGACAACUCUCCUCACACACAAGUUCCAAGGACACUCGCUCCAACCAUUCUCCCAAACAUCCUGCACAGGAUCGGUGACACCCCCUUGGUUCGCAUCAACAAGAUCCCCAAAAUGUUUGGACUCAAAUGUGAAAUGUUGGGCAAGUGUGAGUACUUCAAUGCUGGCGGGAGUGUCAAGGACAGGAUCAGCCUGCGGAUGGUGGAGGACGCUGAGAGAGCUGGUCUUCUCAAGCCUGGAGACACUAUUAUAGAGCCCACCUCUGGAAACACUGGUAUUGGGUUGGCUCUGGCUGCAGCUGUGAAAGGCUACCGCUGCAUCAUCGUCAUGCCUGAGAAGAUGAGCAUGGAGAAGGUGGAUGUUUUGAGAGCUCUCGGAGCCGAGAUCGUCCGCACGCCCACCAGCGCUCGCUUUGAUUCGCCAGAGUCUCACGUGGGCGUAGCCUGGCGCCUUAAAAACGAGAUCCCCAACUCUCACAUCCUGGACCAGUACCGCAACCCGAGCAAUCCUCUGGCUCACUAUGACACCACAGCUGAGGAGAUCCUGGAGCAGUGUGACGGUAAACUGGACAUGCUGGUGGCCGGAGCCGGCACAGGGGGGACGAUCACAGGCAUCGCCCGCAAACUCAAAGAACGAUGCCCCAACAUCAAGAUUGUUGGUGUUGACCCAGAAGGAUCGAUCCUGGCUGAGCCCGAGGAGCUUAACAAGACGGAUAAGACCCAGUACGAGGUGGAGGGCAUCGGCUACGACUUCAUCCCCACCGUGCUCGACAGAUCAGUAAUUGAUAGCUGGUACAAGUCGGACGACGAGGAGUCCUUCAACAUGUCUCGCGUGCUGAUCCGAGAGGAGGGCCUGCUGUGCGGGGGCAGCUCCGGGACGGCCAUGGCAGCGGCAGUACAUGUCGCCAAAGAGCUGAAGGAGGGUCAGCGCUGUGUGGUGAUCCUGCCGGACUCCAUCCGCAACUACAUGUCCAAGUUCCUGAGUGACAAGUGGAUGGUCCAGAAGGGCUUCCUGAGUGAGGAGGACCUCAUGGUGAAAAAGCCGUGGUGGUGGAAUCUGAGGCUGCAGGGCUUGAACCUGUCCGCCCCCCUCACCGUCCUGCCAACCGUCACUUGUCAGAGGACCAUCAAAAUCCUCAAAGAAAAGGGCUUCGACCAGGCGCCGGUGGUGGACGAGGCUGGGUUGAUCCUGGGCAUGGUGACCUUAGGGAAUAUGUUGGCCUGUAUUCUGGCAGGGAAGAUCAAGGUGUCGGACCCGGUCAGCAAAGUGCUCUACAAGCAGUUCAAACAGAUCCGUCUGACUGAUAACUUGGGAAAGUUAUCUCGCAUUCUCGAGACGGACCACUUUGCCCUGGUGGUGCAUGAACAGAUCCAAUACUUGACGGACGGCUCCCCUAGCCUGAAGCAGAUGGUCUUCGGCGUGGUGACGGCCGUUGACCUGCUCAACUUUGUCACGGGCCGGGAAAGGAGAGAGCGAUCCAUGUCGGAGUCCACCGACGAGAUGAACUAAACUGAACUGGAACGCUUGUACAUUUCUUACAUUAGAGCAACGAACACAAUGACAGGUUGGGUGGACGUGUCUCAAAGAUGGAAACAAAAAUACAUAUUGUGAAGUUUUUGAGUGAGGGUUUGCUCUUUAAUUCAUUUUUGUAUUUUUUUUAACUUGAAUCUUAAGGUAUAAUAAGCCAAAUAUGUCAGGCUAGUGUCAACUUGUAAUAGAGUUACAUAUAAUUUGAAGCAGAUGAUUAUUUCUUAUUAUAUUUGCUUGUAGUUCUCAAAGCAAAUCUUUUCUAAGUUUGUAACUUUUAGAAAGCUUUUUAUUUUGUGUCAGUCUUGAAUAGACCCCUCUGUGUUGCUGUUGUUUUUGUCUGAAAAGUCUAAGAUCGUUGAAGAAAUAGUAAAGUAUAAAAGCCCCAUUCAUCUCUUUUGUCAAGAUUGCUGUAUUUAAGCACAUUAUCUUUCCAGUGCUUCUUGUGUGCUGCCUUUUAAUAAUAAAAAGACAUACAUGCGGAGUAUAAUCAACUUUCUUGA